AUGUUGCCCCUCGAAGGUCGCAGCCAGUCGAUCUUCAUCGUUACUACUAUCUUUCUUGGGAUUUCUUUUAUUGCCGUAUGUCUACGAUGCCUCGUGCGGAUUCGACUUGUCAAGGCCUUUGGCUGGGAUGAUACCCUUAUGGUAUGCGCAAUGUUGAUGAACAUCCUAUUCGCUCUAUGCGGUAUCACUGGCGCAUUGUAUGGAAUCGGACAAAAACUUGAGACGCUCAUCGAGAGGGGUACGAUGGAAACCGCCAUGUUUUGGUGGUGGCUCGGUCAAACUAGCUAUGUCUGGACGUGCGCGCUGGCCAAGCUCUCCAUCGCAUCUGCCCUCCUCCGGUUGACGGUUUCCAAGGCCCACAGGCUCAUAUUAUGGAGUGUCAUUGGCGUCACUUGUAUUGUUGGUCUUGUCUUCUGGUUCAUGUUGACACUGCAAUGCCAACCGGUUGAGUUCUUCUGGCAACGAGUUCGCGCUUAUACGAACCCGAAGUCCGACAUUUCCGGCACCUGCAUGAAGCUCGACGAUAUCAUUGCCAUAGCCUAUGUCUACAGUAUCACUGCUACACUCUGUGAUCUCACCCUGGGUCUUUUGCCUAUUGCCCUAGUGUGGAAGUUGCAGAUGAACCUAAGGACCAAGGCUGCCUUGGCAGGCAUUCUAGGAAUGGGAUGCAUGUACGUCUACCCUGUUGAUGCCCUUGGAAUUGGACUGAAUACUGACCCAUUGGGAUAUAGUGCAAGCGCAGCAGUCAUCAUUCGCAUUCCCUUCUUGCACGACUACAAGGACAUCGACUUCCUAUACGCAACCGCCAACAUCUCAAUCUGGUCCAACGUCGAAGCCGGUCUCGGAAUCGCCGCAGGCAGUCUGGUCACCCUCCGACCCUUAUUCCGCUGGUUCCGCGACCCCAGCUCGAUAGGUGGAAGCAAGAGCAAAACAAAACGCACGGGGGGCAGCAUGCCCCUCUCAAGCAUGAACGGAGUACACUCCAGCACUUCCAACCCACAAUACUGGCGACCAGACCUACACCGGGAAGAUCAGCCUACGGUGAUUACGACGAUCCACACCUCGAAUGAAUCUGACACUAGCCGGACGAGUAGCCAAGAAGAUCUGAAUCCGACAAACGGCGGCACAUUCUUCCAGGGGGUGAAUGUGCAAAAAACGUUUUAUGUUUCGGAGGAUCAGACAUCGUAA